GGACCCACCGUCUUCCGGGGCAUUCUUCUCUGCCGCCUGCGCUAAUGGCCAAUAAUGCUGCGACGACAUUCAACUUCAGCGCAGAAACUUUCCGCAGCAUUCACAUAAUCCUCAGCUCACCGAUACAUCCAGCGACUGAGCGGCGACAAGCACCCAACAAUGGCUCCGAAGCGGCCGCUCGAGGCCGCCGACACAGAGUCUGCCUCCAAAAAGCCUAAGCGCGGUUUCAGAGUAGGGCCCGACAAUCUGCCAGACGGGCCGUGGCGACGAAAAGUCACCAAAAUUAAAAAGGACCUCAUCCACAAGGCCAAGGUCAAGAAGGAGUACGCAAAGAUUAAGUCGCAGGAGCAACAGCAGCGGCAAAAGACAGCAGUCAGGCAAGACGGCUCCGAUGACGCCGACGCGGACAGCCAUCAUGACACGGACACCGCCGCACUGAAGGACCGAAAGGAGACGCAGGCCUCGGAGGAGACGGAUGCAGAUGCUGAGAAAAUGCACCCCACGCGCGAGCUCAUGCUCAGGGACGAGGAGAAAGCACAGGUCGGCGCCGGCAGCGCAGUCGCCGAGGACGGGCAGGGCCUCAGCGAUGGGAUGCGCCGUAGGACGAGACGCCCCGGCUACUACGAUAAGCAGCUGCAAAAGGCGGACCAGGCCCGCGCCGAAGCCGAGGAGCGCGCAAGGGAGGCUCAGCGCCGCCGCGAGGAGCGCGAGAGGAAGCUGGCGGAAAGGCAGCGCUUCAAGAAGGCCAUGGCCAAGACGCGAGGCAGGGACGGCAAGAAGAAGCUUGGGCGAGAGAGCACGAUACUGCUCGACAAGGUGAAGAGGCUUGUCUCCGAGCGGCAGUGACGCAAAGGAAAGUGAUCAGUUGGCUGCAAGCAUUCGAAAGCGGUUUGGUGUCUUGGAGUAUUUGGGCGUUUGGGAGUCUGGGAAUUGAACUACCGUGCAGCGCGCGCCCUGUACUUGGUACUCUACGUUGAUUACGAUGUGAACAAUGAGAUUCGGUAUCCUCGUGCAGGCUCACCGGAC